UCCCCGAUAUGUUUCCGAAAAGACAAUGAUGUAAUCAGUAGGCCUACUCCAGCACAUCAUAUCCCUGUAUCUGUCACUUGAGCCCUUGGAUGCGUCUCUGUCCUGACAGCCUGGUCGACUCGCCUACACUGACAGUUGUGUUGCACUCCCCCAUCUGGCAUAGACAAGACGCAGCGCGCCUCAGAAAAAGAAACUGACGUGUUUUGCGCAUUUCCUGCACCAGUGUUUAGACGGUCGGAUGAGAAAAGGGAGGUGUGCAGGAAACCAAAAACAGCAACGGCGAGAAAACAGCCUGGGAGUUUAAGGAGCAAACUGAAACCAAGUACAGCAACGGCAAGAACAUCGUCUGGGAGUAUAAGGAGCCAACAGAAACCAAGAAAAUCCCAACAGAGUCGACCUGCAACUAUACACUGCUUGAGCAAUUCACAAGUCGGGUAGCCGGUUUGGGAAACAUCCCAAAUGCCCGGCGAGGAGGCAGCAGUCUCUUCCAACGGUGGAAUACGAGUGUUUCCAAAGCAUAGUGGAGUUGCCGAGGAUAGUUUUGAUAGAUUUUGCUCUGUCGUGUUGCGGUUUUGGGUAGGCUGUUGACAUUCCAACUGCUGCAUAGUCGUAUUUUUCCUUCAUAUAAGCUUCUCAAGACGUGUAUUUAUUAUAUUCAGACGAAAGGUUUUGUCUGGUUGAACGCCAAAUGUGAGAUUAUCAUUGGGAAAACCAAGACUGUUAGAGAGCAAAAACGAGACAAUUUACUCUCACUAGACUGUUUCGGGAGGACUGAUUUGCAUCCGAUUGGCAGUCUAUGUGUGUACUAGAGUGAGACGGGACAGCAUUCCCCGUUACAUUUAAGUCUCAACCCAUUCAAACCGUGGUCUUCAUUUGAGGAUUCAAACAACACAUACAACUAGGACAAAUUAUUUAUGACCAGUUGAAGUGUUUGGGUUAAAGGAAUUUAUUGUAAACAACCACUCUUCUUCCAAGUCCUAUUGAGGAGGAUUACAUCACCGCCAUGGUGGUUUUCAAUGGGUUAUUGAAGAUCAGGAUUUGUGAGGCGUUGGAUUUGAAACCGACAGCUUGGUCUCUCAGACAUGCGGUUGGCCCAAAGACCCAGACUUUUCUCUUAGACACAUACAUUGCACUAAACGUGGAUGACUCGCGUGUGGGCCAAACUUCCACCAAACAGAAAACCAACAGCCCUGCGUGGAACGACGAGUUCGUUACGGAGGUGCAUAACGGAAGGAAAAUCGAACUGUCGGUGUUUCACGACGCGCCAAUUGGAUAUGACGAUUUCGUGGCCAACUGCAUCAUACAGUUCGAAGAUAUAUUGCAGAAUGGCAGUAAGCACUACGAGGAAUGGAUUGACUUGGAGCCUGAGGGGAAGGUGUACGUCAUCAUGGACCUGUCUGGAUCCUCUAGUGAAGCUCCAGGCUCCGGUGAGAAUGCUGAGGAGCGUGUGUUUCGGGAGCGCAUGCGGCCUAGGAAGAGGCAGGGUGCCGUACGAAGGAGGGUCCAUCAGGUCAACGGACACAAGUUCAUGGCCACCUACCUGCGGCAGCCAACCUACUGCUCCCACUGCAGAGACUUUAUAUGGGGUGUGAUUGGAAAACAGGGUUACCAGUGUCAAGUGUGCACGUGUGUAGUCCAUAAGCGCUGCCACGAGCUCAUCAUCACAAAAUGUGCUGGGAUGAAGAAAGACAAAGAGGACACCACACCAGAGGAGGUUGGAUCCCAGCGGUUCAGCGUUAACAUGCCUCAUAAGUUUGGUAUUCACAACUUCAAAGUCCUAACCUUCUGUGACCACUGUGGAUCGCUACUGUGGGGCCUGCUCAGACAAGGGCUGCAAUGCAAAGUCUGUAAGGUGAAUGUACACAGACGCUGUGAAAGUAACGUGGCUCCUAACUGUGGGGUGGACGCGAGGGGCAUCGCCAAGGUUCUGUCUGACCUGGGGGUCACACCAGACAAGAUCUCCAGCAGUGCCCAGAGGAGGAAAAAGAUAACCCAAGAACCCCAGCAGCCGUUACCAUGUACCCCCCAGGCAGAGGAGGACCGAUCCAAAUCAGCCCCCACCUCCCCAUGUGACCAAGACCUGAAAGAGUUGGAGAACAUACGCAAGGCGCUGUCGUUUGACCAACGUGGACAGGAACACAAGUCGGCCUCAUCCUCUUCUUCCAGCAGGGUGGCGGUGGGCUCAGAGGGGGGCGAGGCCCGGGAGAAUGGAGAGCUCAAGACUGUCCAGACCAAGAGGAUGACGCUGCAGAACUUCCUCUUCAUCAAGGUCCUGGGCAAAGGCAGCUUCGGAAAGGUGAUGCUGGCUGAGCUGAAAGGGACAGAUGAGGUGUAUGCUGUGAAGGUGUUGAAGAAAGACGUGAUCCUGCAGGAUGAUGAUGUGGACUGUACCCUGACAGAGAAACGCAUAUUGGCCCUGGCUAGGAAACACCCCUACCUGACCCAGCUCUUCUGCUGCUUCCAGACUAAGGACCGUCUGUUCUUUGUGAUGGAGUAUGUAAAUGGAGGAGACCUGAUGUUUCAGAUCCAGCGCUCCAGGAAGUUUGACGAGACGCGCUCUCGCUUCUAUGCCGCCGAAGUCACUUCUGCCCUCAUGUUUCUUCACCAACAUGGAGUAAUCUACAGAGAUCUGAAACUGGAUAACAUUCUGCUGGAUGCACAAGGCCACUGUAAACUGGCUGACUUUGGCAUGUGUAAGGAGGGGAUCCUCAAUGGAGUCACCACCACCACCUUCUGUGGGACCCCAGACUACAUUGCUCCGGAGAUCCUUCAGGAGCUAGAAUAUGGCCCCUCUGUGGACUGGUGGGCUCUGGGGGUGCUUAUGUACGAGAUGAUGGCUGGCCAGCCCCCCUUUGAGGCCGACAAUGAGGAUGACCUGUUUGAGUCCAUUCUCCACGAUGAUGUCCUCUACCCAGUGUGGCUAAGCAAGGAGGCAGUCUCCAUCCUCAAAGCGUUCAUGACGAAGAGUCCAAACAAGCGUCUGGGCUGUGUGAUCACCCAGGGCUUGGAGGAGGCCAUCAAGGUGCAUCCCUUCUUCAAGGAGAUGGACUGGGUUCUGCUGGAGCAGAAGAGGGUCAGACCACCCUUCAAACCUCGCAUUAAAACCAAAAAGGAUGUGAACAACUUUGACCAGGACUUCACUCGCGAGGAACCUGUCCUCACCCCAGUAGAAGACGCCAUUAUUAAGCAGAUCAACCAAGACGAGUUCAAGGGUUUCUCCUACUUUGGAGGGGAGGAGAAUCUGUCCUAAGGCCUGCACACACACCAACACACACACCAACACACACACACACACACACCAACACACAAACAAACACGUAUAGACACACAUACAUGCAGGAACACUGACAUACACACGAAUUUAAGAACACACAUACAAACAUACAUACAUACAUGCAAACCCAUGUAUUUUCUCCCAUGCAGACAUACAGAAUUAUAAAAUACACACAGAGUAAAUUAUUACUUUCACACACUUAUAUAAAACUCCAGCCAUUAGGGCCUCAGAUUAGUACCAACUUCAAAACCUAAACCAGACCAUCUACAGCGCUCUACCAGUAUCUGUCUGUAUGUCUGUCUGUCCAUCAGUGCAUGUUUUCUAAGUUACAAACCAAUGUAAUUCAAGAGUAGGUCAGAUAGGAAGCCCAUCUGCUUUAUUAUCAAGGUCCUAUUGGCUGGUCCAGAUCAGAGUGGUGGAUCAAACCACACUCCUUGUGGUGGAGGGUGGCCCUAGGAUUGGCCCCCUGACACUGAAUAUAGCCUGGCCCUUGCCCCACUGGCCUGGGCUGAUAACAGUGAUGAAAGCUCCCCACAGUCCAGCCCCAGAUUGUCACAAGGCCCUUUCCAGUGGACUAUGAAAUGUACAGGGAAUGUUUGUGUGACGGUGUCAACUUUUUGUCUAUGUAAGGAUUUAAAGGUCAGGGGUUAUGUGUGCUUUGAGCAGGGGUCUUGUUCGACAUGGUCUCCUUACAAUAGAUCAGACUUUCAACUGUUUCGUCAACCAUCCUAGUUCCUCAGUGAGUAUAUGAUACUGAAAUAAUUAUAUUAUUAUAUGAAUCUGUAAUUUCUUAAGCUGUCCUGUAAAUUUCUCAUUGUACUAGAAUGUCCUCCUCCUCUGCCAUGUUUAAACUGGAUGUACUAGAAUGUCCUCCUUCUCUGCCAUGUUUAAACUGGAUGUACUAGAAUGUCCUCCUUCUCUGCCAUGUUUAAACUGGAUGUACUAGAAUGUCCUCCUUCUCUGCCAUGUUUAAACUGGAUGUACUAGAAUGUCCUCCUUCUCUGCCAUGUUUAAACUGGAUGUACUAGAAUGUCCUCCUUCUCUGCCAUGUUUAAACUGGAUGUACUAGAAUGUCCUCCUUCUCUGCCAUGUUUAAACUGGAUGUACUAGAAUGUCCUCCUUCUCUGCCAUGUUUAAA